CACCCACACACACAACACAACACAACACAACACUUACCUAAGUUGAACAACAACACUUUCCUUCCAUUCGAUGUUGAGAAGAACUAACUAACUCAUCACAAAUUGAAUUGAAACCAAUUUUCAAUGGCUGUUUCUGUUUCUGUAUCUAUUUCUGCUUCUCAUCCUUGUAUUUCAACAAUCACAAAUUGUUCUAUCCCUUCAUCUUCUUCAUGGAAAGUUUCAACUUCACGCAUCACGUGGCAGAAGCGUGGAGUUUGCAAAGCUAUGGUUCAAGUUCAAACUGGUGCACCUGCUGCUUAUGCUAAGGAAAUGGAACGCCUUUCUGCUAAAGAAUCUCUUCUUCUUGCUUUUAAGGAUGCAGGUGGUUUUGAGGGCUUAGUUUCUGGGAAGACAACUGAAUAUCAAAGAAUUGAUGUGAAUGAAAGGAUAACUGGUCUUGAGCGGCUCAAUCCAACACCUCGGCCCACGACGUCACCCUUUCUAGAAGGUAGAUGGAACUUUGAGUGGUUUGGUCCCGGCUCUCCAGGGUUGUUUGCGGCUAGGAUGAUAUUUGAGAACUUUCCUUCAAGUUUAGCUAAUUUGUCAAAAAUGGAUGUCUUUAUCAAGGAUGGAAAUGCAAAGAUUACUGCAAACACAUUAUUUUUAAACUCGGUAGAAAGCAGAAUUAUUCUCUCAACCAAGUUGACUGUGGAGGGGCCACUUAGAAUGAAAGAGGAGUAUGUGGAAGGGAUUAUUGUGUCUCCAACAGUCUUGGAAGACAGAGUACCAGAUCAGCUUAAAGGUGCACUUGGGCAGGCAGUUAAUGUUUUACAACAGCUUCCCGUACCUUUACGUGAUGCUCUCGCCGAUGGGCUAAAAGUUCCACUAAGUGGAAGCUUUCAAAGACUCUUCAUGAUUUCUUAUCUCGAUGAGGAGAUACUUAUAAUAAGGAACACAGCUGGGAUACCAGAAGUUUUAACGAGACUCGAUGCAUCGCCAUCAUCCCUGGGAGAAUCAAGUCCAGAGUAUGAAAGCUAGGUGUUUUGUAUGGAAAGUGAAUAUUUUUGCCUCCUUAUUCGAGGUGUUAAAUCAAAUUCCUGUUACUUUAAAUCCCCUAUGUGAAUAUAGAAGUUUCAACUUGAAGCUGACACCAUUUCUUACAAAAUCAUAUUUCAUGUUUUAGUAUCA